AUGAAUUUUGGGGAUUUUCUUGAUCACAGCAAUUCUUGUGGUGGCGCAAGAGUUGUCAGCGAUUUACCUUACCACACUAAUCACAAAAAUAUUAUGUCGACCGCCGCCGCCGCCGCCAUCUCUCAGCCUAUGGCCGCCGCCGGGAAGCCGCCGUUCAAGUCCCCCGGCCUCUCUCUUGCACUACAAACGGGUAUGGAGGGCGGACAAAGAGAUCACCAGUUGGGUGUUAGAAAUAUUGGUUCAAACAAUAGUAAUAACAACUUUAAUCAUGGUGAUUAUGAGAAUGUUCGUAAUGUGAAUGGCUUGGGGAGGGUUAGAAGCCGGGACGAAUUGGAUGUGGAGAGCAGAUCUGGGAGCGACAACAUGGACGGAGGCGGCGGCGGCUCCGGCUCCGGCGACGACCACGACGGCUCCGACAAACCUCCGAGGAAGAAAAGAUACCACCGACACACUCCUCAGCAAAUCCAAGAACUCGAAACGUACUGCCCCCUUUUUUCCCCUUUUGAUUUUCUUACCCAGCUCGAGCGUCACGAGAACUCAAUCCUCCGGCAAGAAAACGACAAGCUUCGAGCCGAAAACAUGGCCAUCAAAGAUGCCAUGCGAAACCCCAUCUGCACUAACUGUGGUGGGCCCGCCUUAAUUGGCGAGAUCUCCCUCGAAGAACAACACCUCAGAAUCGAGAACGCCCGGCUGAAAGACGAGCUGGACCGCGUCUGUGCCCUCGCCAGCAAGUUCUUGGGCCGGCCCAUUUCAUCCUUGGGCCCGCCCGUUCCCAGCUCGAGCCUGGAGUUCGUGGGCCUGAACAACAUGCUAUCCUCGGGCCUGCCAUUGGGCCCGCCCGACUUCCCGGGCCCAUUGCAGCCCGUGAUGCCGCCGCCUCAGGUGAAAGGUACUCCGAUUGAACGGUCUUUGGAGAGGUCGAUGUAUUUGGAGCUUGCUCUGGCGGCAAUGGACGAGUUGGUGAAAAUGGCCCAAAUGGACGGGCCCGUUUGGGUUGGGGGGUUAGAAGGGGGAUGGGAUGUUUUGGACCGUGAGGAGUAUUUGAGGGCUUUCAGCCCGUGCAUUGGGAUGAGGCCCAAUGGGUUUGUGAGUGAGGCGUCGAGGGAGACUGGUAUGGUUAUUAUCAACAGUUUGGCUCUGGUCGAGACGUUGAUGGACUCGAACAAAUGGGCAGAGAUGUUUCCUUGUAUAAUUGCAAGAACCACAACUACUGAUGUAAUCUCAGAUGGUAUGGGAGGAACAAGGAAUGGUGCACUUCAGCUGAUGCAAGCAGAGCUACAAGUUCUAUCACCAUUGGUUCCCGUACGAGAGGUCAAUUUCCUCCGGUUUUGCAAGCAACACGCGGAGGGCUUGUGGGCCGUGGUUGAUGUGUCGAUUGACACCAUAAGAGAAGCUUCCAAUGGCGGGCCCACUUAUCCGAGCUGCCGGAGGCUCCCGUCUGGCUGUGUAGUUCAAGAUAUGCCCAAUGGCUAUUCAAAGGUCACAUGGGUCGAACACGCGGAAUACGACGAGAGCCAAGUCCACCACCUCUACCGCCCGUCCAUCGCCGCCGGCCUCGGCUUCGGUGCUCGCCGGUGGGUCGCCACUCUCCAACGCCAAUGCGAGUGCCUCGCCAUCCUCAUGUCCUCCUCCACCGCCUCCCGAGACCAUUCGGCAAUCACAGCUGGCGGCCGACGGAGCAUGUUGAAGCUGGCACAGCGUAUGACCAACAACUUUUGCGCGGGAGUUUGCGCCUCGACCGUGCACGAGUGGAGCAAGUUGAGCUCGGGAAAUGUUGACGAGGAUGUCCGAGUGAUGACCCGGAAGUCCAUGGACGACCCUGGGGAGCCGCCAGGGGUUGUGUUGAGCGCGGCCACGUCCGUGUGGCUUCCGGUGUGCCCCCAACGGCUGUUUGACUUUCUAAGAAACGAGCAUUUGAGGAGCGAGUGGGACAUACUCUCCAAUGGGGGGCCCAUGCAGGAGAUGGCCCACAUAGCCAAGGGUCAGGAUCAGGGGAACUGCGUUUCCCUCCUCCGUGCCGGCGCGAUGAACUCUAGCCAGAACAGCAUGCUGAUACUGCAGGAGACGUGCACGGACUCGUCCGGUUCGCUCGUGGUUUACGCCCCCGUCGACGUCCCUGCCAUGCAUGUGGUGAUGAACGGUGGGGACUCCGCCUACGUGGCGCUUCUCCCCUCUGGAUUUGCGAUCUCGCCAGACGGGCCCAACAGCCGGGAUGGGCCUGGCGGGUCGCUGCUGACGGUGGCCUUCCAGAUAUUGGUGAACAGCCUGCCCACGGCCAAGCUCACGGUGGAGUCCGUGGAGACCGUCAACAACCUCAUCUCGUGCACCGUCCAGAAAAUCAAGGCCGCCCUUCAAUGA